UUCGACGCGAGAAGAUGGUGCUACUCUCAACGCCCGAGGCCGAGGCGCCGACCGAGACGACGAGCCGCCGCCGCCGCCACCGCCGGCCGCUCUCGCUCGAGCAAAAGGAGCUUUGCCGGCAGCGGUCCCGCGUCUACUACAUGGAGCACAAGGACCGGGUCCUCGCCAAGUCCAAAGCGCGCUACGAGUUCAACCGCGACGAAGAGCGCGCGCGCCGACGGGAAAUCUACGCGCUCAAAAAAGCCGCCAAAAAGCCAAAGACACACGGGCUCGAAGCGCCGCCCGUGAAAACGUCGAUCCAGUUUCUCCUCAACUGA